AUGGUUUGUAUUCACACUGAAAAUCAAAAUCAAGGGGACUUUUACCCUUUUGUUCUACUGGAGAUUUCUGUUCUCCAUGAGCCCCCCUUAGGACACCUGCGUUAUGGUUUAACAGAUGUGCCGCCCCAGCCAAACUCCCCACCUGACAAUGUCUUCAACCCGGCUCGGCCCGCGAAGGACCUUAAAACCAGAAGUUGGACUGGUAUUUCACCGGCGCCGAAGCUCCCACCUAUUCUACACCUCCUAUGUCUUUUCACAAUGUCAAACUAG